AAACUAGUGGCUGCAAACAAAACAAGAAAAACACAGUUACACAAAACACCAUCCAUUUGCUCUUCUGCAGAAGAUCUUCUCCCACCAUUACCAAAAACCUUCCCUCCAGAAACAAUGGCCUUCACGUCUAUCUGCCCAUUACCCAUGAAGUCCACCAUCUCCAUUUCACACACCAAGUUCCCCCACCAUCGCCAGCGCUCUCUUCCUAAGUCUCCCCUCAAAUUUCAGUUGUCAGCCACAGCAAGACGAGAUGAAGUGGAAGAAGAACAAUUUCACAAUUGUUCCAUGCAUAAUGGUAGACCCCAGAAUUGGAAAGCAUUGGUCUCUGCUACACUGGCCGCUGCAGUUAUUAGCUUUGGUUCCAGUGGGUUCCAGGUUCCUAAUGCAGUGGCUGAACUUAACAAGUAUGAAGCCAACACUCGGGGUGAGUUCGGUAUAGGAUCAGCAGCUCAAUUUGGUUCUGCAGAUCUCAGGAAAGCAGUUCAUGUGAAUGAGAAUUUCAGGAGGGCCAAUUUUACAUCAGCUGAUAUGAGAGAAUCCGAUUUCAGUGGUUCGACAUUCAAUGGUGCAUACAUGGAGAAAGCAGUUGCUUACAAGGCAAAUUUCACAGGUAUGUACGCUCUCCAUUCAUCUCCUCACUCAGCUUCUCUUGCUGAAGAAUCAUAGGGUAGUAUCAAGAUAAUUCCUUCUCGCUAACAUCUGUCAAUGAUGUCUAUGGAUGACUACUAGUUAACCCUGUUCCUAAACUACUCCAGCCCUAGCAAAAUCACUUUGUAGCUAAGAUCAGUCUAUGGACUACUGCUAGUUAACCCUUUUUUCUAAUGAAUCUGGUCCUAGCAAAAUCACUUUAUAGCUUUAGCUUCUGCUCUUCCUUUAGCUGUCUUGGGUCUAGAAACCCUUCUUUUCUGCGUCCACGGGCAAUUCUGUGGAGCCAUCAGUGCCAUUACUAUCGUCCGGGACCCUGGAAUCACAGUAUCAGUAGAUGGUUUCACAUCAGGGCGUUUGCCUAUGUCUUUGUUGCUUGGAUUUCCAUUACCUGUCUCCAAGCUUUCAGAAUCUCGUUGAGACUUUUCGGCAUUAGAAGUAUGCAUGAUCUGCUCUUUGUGAUCUUCCUCAUCAUUGGCCCCAGUAGUACCCGUAUGCAUUAUCUGCUCUUUGUGCUCUUCUUCAUCCUUGGCCCCAGUAGUACCCGUCUGUGGAGUACCAACAAAACCUGUAGCAACUUGAUUAGUUUGAGCUUCGUUUCCACCACAGCCUGGUGGGAAGGUCCGAACGCCUGAAAUUUUCCUCCUAGGUGGAUAGACUCUUGCCUUUACUGGAAAGUCUGCCUUGGACAGUUUACUCAAAUCAUCAUGAGGUGAAGAUGAAGUCUUGAUCAAUUCUAACUUCUGCAAUCCCACUGACAAUGCCAGUUCAGCUUCAUCAUUCUCCUUCAUUGGCUUUUCUUCUUCUUCCAAGUAGUUUAAACUAGAUGAUGUUGAACAUGGCUGAACCGAGGUCCCCAAUUUUUCACUGGAGGGCAUUUUAUUAGGACCACAGCCCACCGGAAAACGACGAACACAAAAUACCCUGCCCUUCUUGGGCCUCCUAAGAGUAUCAGGAUUAGCACAUCCAUUACCAACUGUCCUUUCAACACUGUGUGUAGUAGCAUCAGAGUCAUUCUCCGUAUCCAUCAUUCAAUUGCUCAAUGAAGCAACAGCUUAGAAACUUCCCAAGUAUCUGCACCAACAAAAUGAGAUGUCCCACACUCAUAAGGAUCAUGUAGAACAAAAACCAUCAAUCACAAACCGAGGGAGCCUCCUUCUAUUAAUCCUGCUAAACCUAUUGUAUUUGCAAUUAGCCAUUGCCCUGAUCCUGGGAUCACUAACAAGGUUCCACAACUUCGGAACAGAGAACCCUCCAUCCAUGUUCCUUUGGCAUUAUUAGUUAUCUUUGAUCUUUCUUCACUUAAAAGACUGGAAUUUUUCUCUAAACCCUUUUCAGAAGCUUAGCGUACAAGACAAAAUUUUGCUAGGUCUAGGCGUAUAGUUUACAACCCAUGAGUGGGUUCCAACUCAUUCUUAGUGAACAAACAAAACCACAAUACAAAGAGGGUACUCAACAAAUCGGGAAGAUUUCCAUUCUGAGAAACUUUCCCACAAAGUAUAGAGAACGCGUCAAAGCUCAAAAUUUUAAGAGAAACACCGGGGACACUACAAACUGACCAAAGAAACAGAAGAAAUUAACCGAAGAAUUAAAAAACCACUGAAUGAAGAGACGACGAAACCAGAGAAGAAGCGAACCUUUUCAAGAUUGCAUCAGCCUUCAUUGCCCUGAGCAGAAGGGAAAAGCUCUGUACAAACUGGUAAGCCAAGAACCUCAGAAUCUUCUAAGAGUGGAAACUGGAGAUAGAGAAAGGACGCUCUUACUGAAUGAAGCGGAUAACAGAAAAGAGGUUUGAAGUCAAAGAACCCCGUAGUACAAGACUUCUUCUGCAAUGCGGAGACUGUGGAUCAGGGAAGGAAGGUAGGAAAGAAAAGGGAAAUUCGCUAAUUCCAUUAGGGCUCUUUAUGGGUCCAUAAAUUGCUGGGCCUAGAAGCAGGCUCGAAAACUUCCGGGCGGCUUAACUCGAAAAACCUAAUACAUAUGCUUUGCUACUGAUUGGUUUUGUAGUUAACGAAUGUUUAACAUUUUGAUAACAGGUGCUGAUUUGAGCGAUACAUUGAUGGAUCGCAUGGUUCUGAACGAAGCUAACCUAACCAAUGCGGUUCUGGUUCGAACCGUGCUAACCAGAAGCGAUUUGGGUGGUGCCAUUAUAGAAGGUGCUGACUUCAGUGAUGCAGUUCUUGACCUUACCCAGAAGCAGGCACUAUGCAAGUAUGCGAGUGGGAAAAAUCCAGCAACAGGGGUGGACACCAGAUUGAGCUUAGGGUGUGGCAACAAGAGGAGGAAUGCAUAUGGUUCCCCAUCUUCCCCAUUGUUGAGUGCUCCCCCUCAGAAGAUCCUCGAUCGCGACGGCUUCUGUGACGAAUCCUCUGGUCUCUGUGACUCCAAAUAGAUCCAUCACUCAGAUUUGUUUCCAUACAUGAAGCAUGCUGAGAUGAAGUCUUUCCACAAACCAGAACAAUCCAGUCUCUAUGCUUGAUAUUGGGGAGGAGCAGCAGGGACAGGAUUGUAAUUACUACUUAUCAGUUAUCAUGUAAUGUCAUUGUAGAUAUGAAUAUGAUGUGAAUGAACAACUCCAAACGUCGCUUUUCGACAGACUCUGAUCGUUGUGAACGAACCGGGUUGGUUGGGUUGAAUUGCCAAGCCAAAAUUGAGAGGGCAGAAAUUAAAGGGAAUCACUGUGGGCAAUGAUUUAGCUUCCUGCGUGCUGUUCCCUCAUGUAAACAGAAUUUGUACAAUCUGGUGGCCCUGUUCUGAAAUUCCAUGCCAUGUUAUUGUCUCCAACUUGACAUUAAUGUGGGCCUGAAUCCUCAAGGCACGGGCUAAUCUCAGUGGAGGUGGCUGUGAGUUCCAUUUAGUCCAUCCCAAUCUCUGAGAUUAACAUUC